AUUCCUCUAAAUAUUAUUGCAGAGGGCAUUAAUAUCAAGCUUCAGCUGAAGUGAUCUGUGAAUCUGAUCUGAUUUGACUAUAAUGAUUGCUGACUUACGUUAACAAUGUUUAAAAUACUUAGCAAUAACAAAUAUAGAAGAAGUAUUUUUACAAAACAUCAUUUUAUUCUAACAUCUGACCAUAAAAAUAAAUUAUAUUAAUGAUGAUUGGCACAAUGAGCCAAUAUUGUGAAAUAAUAUCUAACCCCUGAACUUUCGGCAGUAAAAUCGAGGAGUACUAACAGUAUAUCUGCAUGAAUAAACUGAUAAGAAAAGUAUUGUAAAGGAAAAUUCCAAAAUAACAAUGGAAAACAUACCAGACGAUUGCAAGUGUAUAUUGGAGACCAGAGAUGGACCAAUAUGUGGUUAUAUUGAUAAAAGGGAAGAAGGUACAUACUAUAAAUUUAAAGGAAUUCCUUAUGCAAAACCACCUUUAGAUAAUCUGAGAUUCAUGCCACCAACUAUAGGGAAGCCAUGGACAGAUCUACUGGAUUGUACACAAGAUGCCUCUGUACCGCUUAGUGUUAACCUUGACAAAGUUGUUGUUGGAUCAGAAGAUUGUCUUUAUAUUGAAGUGUCCAGUCCAAACAUAAAACCUAAAACAUUAAUGCCGGUAAUGUUCUGGAUUGGAAGUUUCAACUACCUGUUUUAUUGUGAUGAAGUUUUUGAUCCAACACUUAUCAAUAACCAAGAAAUUGUUUUUGUGCGAUGUGGCUUCAGAUUAGGACCAAUGGGAUUUCUUUCAAUCAAUGAGUUCAAUGCUCCAGGUAACAUUGGCCUCAAAGAUAUAGUAAUGGCUUUGAAAUGGGUCAAGAAUAAUAUAAGCAUUUUUGGUGGAGAUCCAGGAAAUGUAACACUUUUUGGGAGUAGUACAGGUGGUUCCAUUGUGCAUUUCAUGAUCCUGUCUCCAAUGGCGACAGGUCUGUUUCACAAAGCCAUCAUACAAAGUUCCACUGCCCUAAACAGAUGCUCGUUAGCAAAGAACCCAACUCUCGCUGUUACAGGUUUAGCAAAAGAAUUAGGUAUAACGAAAACGGAUAAAAUUGAAAUAGUAGAAGAAUUAAAGUCCAUUUCAGCAAUUGAUAUCAUGGAAGGCAAUUUGAAAUUAUCAAAACCACAGGACAAAGAUGGAACUUUUGAUCCAUUGUUCAAACCAUGUAUUGAAAAGGAAUUUGAGGGGCAGCCAGUAUUUUUAAGCAGAGCUCCUUUAUUAAUAAUGAAGUCUGGUAAUUUUAAUAAAGUUCCCAUUAUAAUCGGAAGCAAUAACACAGAGGCUGCAGUACUGCAAUAUAUUCAAGAGGACUUUUAUGAAGACUUUGAUAAAUUCAAUCAAGAUACAUCUUUGCUUGUACCUAAAUGUAUCGCACUUGAUACUGAUUUGUCAAAAAAGAUUGGCAACAAACUACUAGAAUUUUACUUUGAAGGUACAGAAAGCUUAAAUGAGCACACAAGAGCUCAAUAUCUACAAUUGCUCAGUGACUUUAACUUCUUAUUUUAUGUUAAUAAAACAGUUCGAAUGCACAGUCAGAUUGCACCAGAGUGUCCAAUUUAUUACUAUAUUGUCAACUAUGCUGGUGAGUGGUGUGUGCCAAAGGAACUUAACUUUCUAAAUUCUAUUGGACAUUCAGGAGAACUAUCUUAUUUAUUCCGUAUAAAGAGACCUGGUAUGUCUAUUUGCAAAGGAAGUCGUGAUUCAGUGAAAACCAGAAAUAGAGUUACCAAAAUGUGGACCAAUUUUGCUAGACAUGGAAAUCCUACUCCUGAUGACAAUGACCCAUUGCUACAAAUAACAUGGGACCCUGUAGCAAACGAAAAUACUCUAAAUUACCUAAGUAUAGGUUUGGAGUUGACAAAAGGUCGAAAUCCAUUUUAUGAGAGAAUGCAAUUUUGGGAAGAGGUACAAGAGGAACACAUAUUCCUUAGAACACUAGUAUAUUUUAAUGAUAUAGGGGUGUCAUGGUAGUGACAUAUAUAUUUAAAUUACUUCAAAGAGGCUGUUCAAAUAUAAACAUUUUAACAGUAGUCAAUAAACAUGCAAAUCUUUGACAAAUUAAAGGUAUAAUAAAACAAAAUGUUUUAUGUAUCAGAUGACUAUAUACUAUGAAUGGGUUUAAGGUAUGAUAAGUAAAUAUAGUAAAAGUGCAAGACUCAAAUAUUUUGAUUAUCAUAGUUAAGAUGUCUUUAGGUUAAAUCAAUUUACAAUGUUGACAUUCAUACAUUUUAUUGUUACAAUUUUACAGAUUUGUUUACAUACAAAAUAAUGUUAAUAUCAUUCAAUGUUGAGAUUAAACAAAUUGAACAAUGAACAUAGUUAUAUAUAUUCCUUUUACACUCAAGAAACUUUUAACACCUUUUUAUAAAUAAUUGUUAAACUAAAGUACAAAAUUUAUUAUUCUUAAACGUAAUUUAAUUGUUUUGCAAACACUCCUUAAAAACUACAUGAGAAAGCAAGUCAUACUUUAACAGUAAACUAACUGAUUAACUAUAUUUAUUAAACAUUGUUGUAAAAUCAAUAAUAAUAUUAGUCGCGCAUGCAAUAUAUUAAUAUUAGACACCAAUUUAUUUUGUUUUCUUGAUUUUUUUUAAAAAAGCUAGUAAAAAAAGGAUUCACACUGAUGGUGACGCUAACCAUCCACCCAUUUAUCACUUGUCAAGACGUAAAGUUAAUAUAGUUAGUGAAUGUCACACAUUUAUUGCUUUAAUUAUAGGUUAUGUAAUAGGUAAGUGCAUUAAAAAAUAAAAGUCGAUAUUGUGUUGGUA